AACACCUCGUCAACGCUUCCAACAUGGCGAGCGAAAAUCACUGUUCGUUUUUCUAAAAGUUGAGCUUUUAAAGACGCAUUUCGCGAUUGAGUGGGAAAUAAAACGUCUUCUAGACAAAUGGCCUCCGCAAACGCCCGCAAGUGUACCGAAAAAACUCUUUGUCGCGGUCAAACGGAAGAAGAUGAUGCCGAGCACGAGCACGAUAGUGACUGUGAAUCCACAUCAUCGAGUUUCAACAGCUCCGACUGCUCUAACGACUUGGAACCAGAAUGGCUGGAUGACAUCCAGAAGAAUGGCGAGCUUUUCUACCUUGAGUUGAGUGAGGGCGAAGAAGAGGCUGCAUUGGCCUCCGCCGCCAACCAAGGUGUGGCCACUAAUCAUGUUCGCUUUAGCGAAAAGGAGGCAGAGGUCAUCACGGAGGAAAACAAGAAGCAGCGAUGCAGUUCAUGGACGAAAGGUGAGCCCCCAUUAAAAAGGCUAGCCAGGAUCCUCAGGAGAAAACGCCGGCCAUCUCAGCGCAGAGUAGGAGGAAAGGAUGGGGGUAAAGACAACUCGACUUUAUCAUCACCUCCAGCAUCCAUCCUGAAGAACCAGCCAGGUCAAAGGCAGGGUGUGAUGGUUCAGCAGCAGCAGCUGAAGGAAGUGUGUGUCUACCUCAACCCUAAACGUCUUGGAGGUUCAUCAACACCUCUCUCUGACAGUGGAGGCCUGCUGGAAGCGCUGCUGGGGGUGGUGCAUCGCCCCUCCUGGAGCAGAGGACAGGCAGACUCUGCAGGUGUCAGACAGGAGGAAAGACUGACUGUUCAUGGAUUAAUACCCAAUAGCCCGGCCAUCAAAUGUGGCCAAAUCUUAAUUGGUGAUGUGCUUGUCGCAGUGGACGAUGUGGACGUGGCCUCGGAAAACAUUGAGAGGGUUCUGUCCUGCAUCCCAGGGCCAACGCAGGUGAGGCUUACGUUGGAGACGGUGGCUCAGGUGGACAGAAGCAAUGCUAGUGACACUUCAUCAGUCCAUAAGACGAAGGCCUCGCCGCCUGUCAGCCAGCUGGUGCGUCUGCUGUGGGGGGAGGACACAGCCGAACUUCAGAUGUCCAUAAGACACAUCCCGCACAUUGUCAUGUACCUCUCACUUAAACUGGACUCAGCAUCGCCACAGGACGAGGAGGAGAUCUUGUACAAGUACCCGGUGUCUGAAGCAUCCGGCCAGCUGAAAAGAGUCAGGGGGAUCUUCCUCACUCUGAGUGACAUGCUGGAGAACGUCACAGGAGGGCGGAUCCUCAGUUCUUCUCUCCUACUUGGGAACCAGCUGGUACAUGUGGGCUACUGGAAGCAAAGCAACAACCUGUUGGUCAUCGGCCUUCCCGCUGACAGGGUUCCACUGCUGUAUUUGCAGACGGUGGUGGGAGACGUGGUCCGGACACUAAAAGUGAUGUACGGUUCUUUAGACAGUGCGUUCUGUAAGGCGGACCAUGCUCCCAGGUUGGACCACUUCUUCUGCCUGUUCUUCCAGCAGCUUAUCCAGCCGUCUCGACUGAGGGACGGCUCCUCAGCCCCGACCCCCGACGUCUCAGGGACCCUUUUUCUUGAUGGACUGCCAGCGGUCCAGUGGCUCACGCUGCCGCCAGAAAUCAAGAUGGAGGUGGAUACUGUUCUUUCUGAUUUUGAGUCUUCUGAUUUUGGAGAAAUGUCUGAGGACUUUUUUGGCCUGAGACGUCUGUAUGUAAUUCUUGGCUCAUGUUUGUUCUACAAGUCCUACCUGAUCGCCAACCAUCUGCCAAAAGAUGACCUUCUGGAUGUGUGCCUGUACUGCCAGCACUACUGCCUGCUGCCGCUGGCAUCUGAGCAGCGGGUGGGUCAGCUAGUCAUCUGGAGGGAGGUGUUUCCCCAGCAGAGAGCUAAAGGCAGCAGCACAGCGCCAGGCUACAGCCAGCCUCAAGGACGGCACUUCCUCCUCAUUGUGGGGCUGAGGCACUUCAUGCAGUGUGUGCUGUUGGAGGCAGGUGGCGCUGCUUCAACAGCUUUGGGCUCUCCAGGACCUGAUUGUGUUUAUGUAGAUCAGGUGAAGGCCACCUUGCUACAGUUGGAGGUGUUGGAGGCAGGUAUUGAGGAGCGUCUAAAUGCUCCAUCUGCUCCCUGUCUGUCCUGUGCUGACUGGUUCCUCCCUGCUGCUACGGCCCGUGACCGCCUGGAUAGCCUGGCCUCUUCUUCCCCCGUCUUCAGCAAGAUAGCCAGUGCAGUUAAAGGCUCAUCCACUGGAAACCGAGGCCGCAGCCUCUUUGGGGAGAAGGCCCGGAGGUCCAGCCCCCAGAGGAGCCUGUCGGACAGCGGGAGUGAGGGACAGAUGGAUGCCGGGUCAGGGUCUGGUUCGUCAAUGGCUCCAGGCCUCAGUCCACAUUCCACCCCAGACUCAGGAAGGAAGCUGGGGGGGCGUCGGGAUUCGCUUGGAUCUGGAGGGUCUGAUGGGAGUGGAGGCCUUUUCAAGAUUCCCAGGAUGAAGCACCCAAACCCAUUCUACCUGGGCACCCUGAAGAAGACCCUGACUGAAAGGGAGACAGAGGAGAUGUACAACACCAUGAAACUGACCUCAGGUGCAGAGAACACCUUGUUCCACUAUGUUCUGAUGGAAACUGUUCAGGGGAUCUUCAUUGCGCCGACUAACAGAGAGGUGGCUCAGCUCAGCGGCUCCAUCCACCCACAGCUUAUUCGCAACUUCCACCACUGCUGCCUCUCCAUACGGGCUGCGUUUCAGCAGAGCCUGCCAGCCAGGGGCCGUCGGGCUGCAGACAGGCCUCAGGGUGCUGGUUGGGGUCUGGGUCCAGUGAAGGAACAUGGGGUCCUGUUUCAGUGUAAACCUGAGAACUGGACCGACCAGAGGAAACCUGCUCCCACCAUGACAUACUGGGUUAUAGGGAGGAUGUUGCUCGAACCCGUCCCUCAGGAAUUCUACGUGUGUUUCCAUGACUCGGUGGCAGAGGUUCCUGUAGAGAUGGCCUUCAGGCUCUCCUUCGGACUGGCCUUUUGAUUAUUAGAUCUCUGACAAUGAUGGACACACAAACUACAACAUUUCUUGCAGCAUCAGUUGAAUUCUCAGGAAAUCAGUUCAAACGGUUCUGCUUGUAAAACACCUGAGAGCAAAUGUGGAGAUUUUGUGUGGAGUCUGAAUCGAACUAUGUGCCUCUUUUUCACAGAUGAGAGCGUGACUCUGGCCUUACAGCAGUGAUUAAGCAAAUAGUGAGUUCAAACCAGGUCACUUUUUGUGCCUUGUUGCUCAACAGACAUGUGUGCAAGGGUUUUUUUUGUAUAUGAAAAGCCUCUCAUUCAUUGAAUACCUCAGACACUUUGGUGUAAGCCUCUGAUAAGAGCGGAUAAAAACCUGCCAUAAAGUUUACUAAGCUGUACCAAUAAAACCUACGCUGUGGCACACGUCUUCAUGUUGACACAGCAAAUAAGGUUGUACUGAUAUUGUCACAAUUUAUAUGCAGUGUUGGAAAGGCAUUUUAUUUGUUACUUAAUUUAAGAUGUACAGUUUUGUAUGGAAAUUGAGUGAUGUUACAAAAUUGAGAUUAAAGAAGCAAUACAUUUUCUCUUCUAA